AUGGCGGUCUCACGUUGCAUGAAUGUGUCCUACGCGUAGGAAUUGGUGAUUUUAGCGACGUGGCUACUGACUUUAUCGCAUUUAAUUGCAAAUCUGACAUCGUUCGGAUACGUGUAAAGUUUGGGAAUUGUUGCGGACACACCUGCGCUGUUUAAAAGGUCCCCCUCAGCCCCCCUCCUUAUAAUGGCACGGCUGUACUGGUGGCUGCUGAACAUAUGAAGACCAAAACCCACUUCUCAGUCAUUACCUAAAAAAAUAAAAAGAUCAUGUGUGACCAGAGCGCAGAAAUGGCGAGCGGGGACGGAGGGCUGGACGGGGAAGAUCCGAAUAUCACCGGAGAGAAGAGUGGGUCACCCAGGCAACAGCAAGAACAGGAAGAGAAUACGGCAAAUGGAGGAGAUGAUGAGGAAAUGACCAGCGGAUCACAUGACCUCUCUUCUUCGGCCAAUCAUAGUCCAGGAAGCAUGACUGGGUCAACUUCAGCAUCAACGUCAACAAAGAGCAGCAGUGAGGCGGCCGGGCGAGGGCAGGCACACAGGGAGGUGAUGAUCACUGUGGCUGAGAUGAAGAAGAGACUUCCUUCUGACAAACGCAGCCGCAGUAAAGCUUCCACUGUGGAGGCUCUGCACUAUGCCCUCAACUGUGUCAAACAAGUACAAGCCAACAGUGAAUACUACAAGCUGCUGAUGCGUAAUGGUCAAGACGAGAGGCAAACAGCCACAGUGUGUACUCUGGAGGAGCUGGAGAGAGUCACUUCUGAACACACUCUAAAGAACACGGACUCGUUUGUAGUGGUCUUCUCUCUGGCCACCUGCCGCGUGCUCUAUGCCUCAGAGCAGGCUCCCAGCAUCCUUUGCUGCAAGAGGAAGUUCCUGGAGUCGGCGAAGUUUGUCGAGCUGCUUUUCCAUCAAGAUGUGAAUGUGUUCUACUCUCACACAGCCCAGCCACACCUGCCACCAUGGAGCAACUCCCAUACAGCUGGAGUCUUGUUCGACUGUGCUCAGGUCAAGUCCUUCUUCUGCAGAAUCAGAGGAGGGAAGGAUCGCGAAGGCGAGAUGCGGUACAACCCAUUCAGGAUCACUCCGUAUCUGCUGAAGGUGCAGGGGACUGGGGCGGAGGAGGAGGAGCCCUGCUGUUUGGCUCUGGCCGAAAGAAUCAUCUCUGGAUAUGAAGCUCCUCGUAUCCCAAUGGACAAGAGAAUCUUCACCACCACUCACUCCCCUGGCUGUGUGUUCCUGGAAGUGGAUGAUCGAGCGGUGCCGUUGUUGGGUUACCUGCCUCAGGAUCUGAUCGGGACCUCUCUGCUCACCUCUAUCCACCCAGAUGACCGCCCACUCAUGCUGUCUAUGCACCGAAAAGUGCUGAAGUAUGCAGGGCAGCCUCCCUUUGAGCACUCCCCUAUGCGUCUGCGCUGUCAGAAUGGAGACUAUGUGACCCUGGACACCAGCUGGUCCAGCUUCAUCAAUCCCUGGAGCCGUAAGGUUGCCUUCAUCAUCGGGCGCCACAAAGUCCGAACGAGUCCCCUGAAUGAGGAUGUGUUUGCUGCCCGUACAAAUGAUGAUCUGGUCCCUUAUGAAGAAAUCAAAGAUCUGCAGGCCAAGAUCUACAAACUCUUUCUACAGCCUGUGCACAAUAACGGCUCGAGUGGGUACGGGAGUCUGGGCAGUAACGGCUCUCAUGAACAUUACAUCAGUGUGGCGUCUUCCAGCGACAGCAAUGGAAACCUGUGGGAGGACUCUCACAGGGAGCCGAUGACGCUGCAGCAGCUGUGUGCAGAUGUGAACCGGGUGAAGAGCUGGGGGCAGCAGGCUUAUUUCGACUCCACCCAUAAAGUCACAGUUCUUGGGAAACCAGCCACAGCAGCAAAUCUGCCUCCUGCUACAUCAAACGCUGAGGUUCGAGAUCCAGAGGAGGGAAGGAAACAGGCCCACAUCCCCUCCUACCAACAAAUCAACUGUGUGGACAACAUCAUAAGGUAUCUGGAGAGCUGUACUGGGUCUGCACUGAAAAGAAAGAAUGAAUCAAAUUCUUUAGGCUCUUCGUCGUCCUCUACUUCAGAAGAUGAUAAACCUACAGGAACUGCUGACGCUGCUCAGGCCGCCUCUGAUGUGGUCCUGGACUCUGCUGUUUCGGUCACUCCCUCCGCCGCAGCAGUAGUGGGUGCUCCUCUCACAAAUCUCUCAUCUCUCUCCACUAAAGCCAUGAGUGUGGUGUCCGUGACCAGUCAAUGUUCCUACAGCAGCACCAUAGUACAUGUACCCCAGCCAGAGUCAGAAGCCACAGCAUUGGAGGAUGCACCAAUGGGCAGUGAGCCAACUGAAACAGCCCCACCCCCCACACGCCCCGCUCCCUCUACGGCCACGGAGGAGCGCCGGUUUGUGGGUCUGACCAAAGAGGUGCUGUCGGCUCACACACAGAAGGAGGAGCAGGAGUAUGUGGAUAGAUUCAAACACAGGAUCCUACAGAGUCCAUACAGCUCCUAUCUGCAACUGGACAACAGUUCCAUGGCUCAUUCACACCAUCCAGGGGACUACCUCCGACCAUUCAGUGCUGGAGGGUUGAACCGCUCUCGAAGAGGGAAGCCCCGUCACAAGCGUCCCAAACCUCAGGGGUCUUCUGACAGUUACGCCUCUCCUGCCGGACCUCCACGUCGCCUCCCUGACUCCUCCUGGCCGUCCUCUGAAUCCUCACAACCGCAGAUGGUCCCCCCCUUUGGCCACACCACACAACUACAACCCCCAUUCUUUCCUUUAAUGUCGCACCAACCUACAGGUCCCACGGAACAAAAUAUUCGACCACAAAACGUGCAGCAACAUCAAACUACAACUUUACCCACUCCUACAGUCUUUCAACCAGAGCAAAGUCAAAUGAACUACAAUUUCAAUGUUAUGCAGACUCCGAAUAUGCCGAUUCAAAUGGAUACAAUCCCAAAUAUUCACCCAAAUUUCAGCAAUAUUCAACCAAUUGCUCCUGCUCAGAGUAUUAACCCUUAUGUAGCACCUGUCAUGGCUGUUCUGCUCCCCAAUUACCCCACGUUUACCCCAGGAUACCCCUCCAUAUACCCCAUGUCCGCCCCCUCCAUGCUGCCUCAGGCCCCCCUCACCAUGACAGGUUUCAACCCAGCAUCAGUGCCCUUCUCUCAACCUCCACUCUUCCAGAAUCAGGGAGGACCGAACCAGGCUCCACCGCAGGUGCCGCUGCUCUGUUCCCCCAGAGCGGGCUCCUCUGUGGGAGAGGAGGAAGAGACUACAGGGCCCAGACCUCUCUUCUCCAGCUCCAGGUCCAGUUCUCCUCUUCAGCUUAACCUUCUGCAGGAGGAGCUGCCCAAACCCAACGAGAGGCCGAAUUCCAACCAGCUCAGUGAGAGCCUCCACGAGCAGAUCAACAACCAGGGCGAUGGUCCGAGUGACUCUGGUAACCAUGACGCUCAGUCCACUUCCUCGGAGCUGUUAGACCUGCUGCUCCAGGAGGACGCUCGCUCUGGCACUGGCUCCAAUGCCUCGGGCUCUGGAUCGGGAGAGUCUGGAGGUUCCCUAGGCUCUGGGUCCGGGAGCGGCUCUAACGGCACCUCUACCUCACACACUGGCAGCAGUAACAGUAGUAAGUACUUUGCCAGUAACGACUCUUCGGACACUUCUCGAAAAGUGCGAAAGAGCCAGGAUGCUCCACCAGACCCUCAUGGGUUUGAGUCCCGCGUGGAGAACUCUCUGUGGAGCAUGAUCCAACACACGCCUGAACACGUCAUGAUGACAUACCAGAUACACACCAGGGACCAGAAUGAGGUUUUGGCAGAGGACCGGGAGAAGUUGAGGGCACUGCAGCCACUUCAGCCCUGGUUCAGUCAAGAGCAACGAGAGGAGCUCGCUGAGGUGCAUCCAUGGAUCCAACAGCAGACCAUACCCCAGGAGAUAGACACACAGGGCUGUGUAAGUUGUAACUCCAGCGCUGCUCCAGGACCCCCCCUCUCACCUCACGUCAUGGCCCCAGACAGCUCCUCCGUCCUGGACACUUCCUCCCAACCCGCCCCCCUCAUCCAGGACUCCUCCGAGGACACAUGAAUCUCCAACCAAUCAUCCACUCAGCUUUAUACCAGAAAUCUGUCUUUUUCAUGCGCACAGUGUCCCACUUCUGAACAUGUGACAUAAUAAAAAUGUUUUAACAGAGAAAGGCCGGCCAUUCAGAGACUAUUUAUCAGAAUCGACUGCCUUUUUGGGACCAUGAAUACCAUACCUCUAAAUGCUAUUUAAAAUGACCACAUCCUCUUACCGUGAAGGAAGUCUUUUCAAAGUAAAGGUUUUCUUGGUAAGUUUUGUGGCUUUUAUUUUGAAGCACUGUGGACAAUCCCAGUCUUGUGUAUAUAAAAUGACUGGAAGACAAAGGAUUGUGCUGGCCAAGAUGCGGCGAGAUUUGCACGUUGUUGUAAAGUUUUGCUGACUUUUUGUGACCGAUACUCAAUAAACAGUUGCUGCUCAUGUUUUAUUCUGUUAAAUAUUUUAAAUUUCAAUUUUAUUGUUAAUGUUUGACUAUAUAUUCUUUGCUCACUCAUGAACAACAAUGGAAAUGUCAAUCGUGCUACACAAAUCUAACUAUACAGCAAACAGCCAAAAUAUUAUGACCAUCGUGACUACUUUUUAUAGGGGAGCAAGUGAAUUUUUUGUCAUCAAAGUUGUUAGAAGCGGAAAGGUGCACUAUGUCAUUUUUCUGUUUGAGGAUUCGACACCUGCUUGUCCUCAUGGAGAUGAGCACUUUGCCUGGAAUGUUCCACAGCAUAGCAUUAAACCUGUCUAUUUGCAUUUAGUUAUGUUUUUAUUGCUCAAAAAUACAUUGAAAACAUGUAUUCUUACUUGGAGAGUGGACUUCCCUCUCCACAGACCUGACCAUACGCCAUCUCCUACUUGAUUACAUAGCUAUACAAGUUUAUUGCCAUCCAGUGGAGCAUUUCAGGCAACGCAAUAACCUCUCUGUGAAGACAAGAGGGUGACACACACUCAGUUACAUAGCAUAUCUUUGAGAAUGUUUGCUUGUUUGGUAAAUUAUGUCUUCACGCUUGGGUCAGAGCAUCUCCCAAAACUGCAGCUCUUGUGGGGUGUUCCCAAUGGUCAGUAUUUAUCUGUUAGAGGUACUGUAGACCUGGUUUGGACCUGGUUUAGCCUUGAUUUAGCCCUGGUUUAGCCCUGGUUUAGUCUUGGUGAUAUGUAGCUCUUGAAGACUGUUUGAUUAGUCCGACUUGUCUUGUUUUAGCUCACAUGGUCAUAAUGUAAGGGCUUAUUGCUGUAUAUAAUCAUAGUAUUGUUUUCUACCUGGUCGAAAACCUCACUUGUUCACUUGGUGUAAUUGUAUCUUAUUGGAACACCAUCCCUUUAGACUGUGGCUGACAGAGGCUGUAUAAAUGUGAGGGCGAAAGAUGUAAGCUCGCUGGCCAUUUUAUUAGGUCCUCUUCUAAGUCAAGAGUGAUUAAACCUGGACUGAAAAGGACUGAACAAGGUCUAAGGGUCAGUUGUCAUGAUUUGGUCCUAAAAACCUUAAAUACAUUCUAUACCUAAUCUGGACUUAGUUUGUUUCUGUUCCAGUUCUGGUUUAGUUUUGAGUUUACUCUUGGUUUAGUACCAAAUGUGAAAGUGUGAAUGCACCUUUUUAUUCUUUUUUUUUUUUCCCCCUCAUUCUUGCUACUUAACCUGGACUAAAACUCAGCCCUGCCUUCAUUAUAUCUGGACAAUAUUUUUCUUGUUCCUCCUUUGCUAAAUUUAUUCAAUAGUCCCAUUUAGAAACAUUAGAACAAACGUACCUAAGAAAGUGGCCAGUGUUUUGACAUUUGUUGCUCACUUUUCUUGUAUUUUAAUGAACUCCUUUCCUGUUUGUGCGAAUGUGUGUGAGAGCUGCUUCCUUUCAAACUGUGUCCAAACAGGGUUUUCUACCGUUUUUAGAAAUAUAACACUACAAUGUAUUUUAUAUAGAAAAUGUUCACAAAACCAUUUCUUUGCAAAUGUGUAAAAAGCCAUUUUGGUUUCAAUUCAGGGAGUGUUUUGUGACAAAGGAAUGAAUAAAAUUAUGUGACAUUCAA